AGUCUCUGGCGUGUCCAGCGCGGCUGAAGGCGUCCCGUGACCAGCGGCCGGAAGUGGAGGCCCCGGAGGCUCUGGACUCUGGAGCGCUAACGGCGCCUGCUUUUCCUCCUGAGUUGUACGGCGGCCGCGAGGGGUCAGCCAGCGCGCGCGGUGCUGGAGUGAGCGGGCCGAGCGGGGAGGCUGCGGCUCCGCGCGGGGCUGCAUUUUCACCCCCAACUGUACAGAGCUCUGGAGACACAAUGCUUUGUAACUUCUCAGUGGUUCUGGGGACCUUGACAUCUCUUCUCCAUCCUUAUCACUGAGAUAACUCCAUCGGAGUUAUGCUGCCAGGACUUUCCUUGGUGUUGGCUGCCCAGGGUGGAGGGAGAAAGUAACAAAUUCAUGUCUUGCAAGACAGUGAUGGCUUUUUCUUUAGAAUUUGAAUAUGGAGGCCACAGGGACAGAUGAAGUGGAAAAGCUAAAAUCCAAGUUUAUGUCUGCAUGGCACAACAUGAAAUACAGUUGGGUAUUGAAAACAAAAACUUACUUUAGCAGAAAUUCUGCUGUCUUCUUGCUGGGAAAAUGUUACCAUUUCAAGUCUGAUGAACCCAGUGAACUCUCUCCAGAUGGAUCCUGCUUGGAUAUAGUCGACAAAGUCAUUUCUGGAAACGUAGAAGAGUUUCGUAAAGAUUUUAUUUCUAGAAUAUGGUUGACUUACAGAGAGGAUUUUCCUCAGAUAAAAGAAUCUGCUUUCACAACAGACUGCGGCUGGAGUUGUACACUGAGAACUGGCCAGAUGCUUCUGGCUCAAGGGCUUGUGCUUCAUUUUCUUGGUAGAGCCUGGACCUGGCCGGGUGCACUGAACAUUGAAAAUUCAGACUCUGAAUCAUGGACAAGCCACACAGUAAAAAAGCUGACUGCAUCAUUUGAAGCAUCACUUACGGGGGAGAGAGAACCCAAGGUCCUGUCAAACGAUCAUAAGGAAGCACUAAAGAGAGACUGUGAUGACAGUGAAAUGAGAGAUGAAGUUUAUCAUAGAAAAAUAAUCUCUUGGUUUGGAGAUUCUCCACCGGCAUCUUUUGGCUUGCAUCAGCUAAUAGAAUACGGAAAGAAGUCUGGGAAAACAGCUGGAGACUGGUAUGGGCCUGCUGUAGUAGCACACAUUUUAAGAAAAGCUGUUGAAGAAGCAAGAGACCCUGAGUUACAAGGGAUAACUAUCUAUGUUGCUCAGGACUGUACAGUUUACAGUUCGGAUGUUGUUGAUAGACAGUGCUCUUCUAUGGGCUCUGAAAAAGCAGAUAUGAAAGCUGUAAUUAUAUUAGUUCCUGUAAGACUUGGUGGAGAGAGAACCAACAUGGACUACUUGGAGUUUGUAAAGGGAAUUUUGAGUCUUGAAUACUGUGUCGGUGUUAUUGGUGGGAAACCUAAGCAGUCAUAUUACUUUGCAGGAUUUCAAGAUGACAGUUUGAUUUACAUGGAUCCUCAUUACUGCCAAUCUUUUGUAGAUGUCAGCAUAAAGGAUUUCCCUCUUGAGUCAUUUCACUGUCCUUCCCCCAAAAAGAUGUCAUUCAAAAACAUGGAUCCUAGCUGUACAAUAGGAUUUUAUUGUAGAAACAUGCAAGACUUUGAAAGAAUUUCUGAAGAAAUAACUAAGGCCAGGUGAAUUUCUCUCCCCAUCCAUUUGUUGGAUGCUCUGAAACAGCAUCUAGUUUAAUGUCAAAGGAGCUGAUUUUAGUCUUAAAACUAUUUUACUAGCAUUUUGGAUUGGGGCUCUUUAAUAUUAAUAUGAUGACAUCAAUGUAAGUAUACCCCAAAAUAGAUUAUGUAUUUUCCAAAAAAAAGAGUAAAGUUUUCAUAUGAAUAUUGUGUGAAGAACAACCCUAUUGUCAUUCUCCAGUCUGCCCCAUCAGUCUGUUCAUUUUUCCUGCUCUGCCUCUGACUACUACUUUUCUGUUCAUUUAUUAUCACUUUAAGAGUAACUUAAUGCCUUGAAUGGUAGCACAGUGUACUUCCGAGUGGGGACACCCAGGUUAGGUUAAUGAAGGAUUUCCGAUUCUUGCUUCUGUGGCAAGUGACGUAAUAGGGUUCUGUAGACCCAGACUCUGAGACUUGCUACUACUGGUUUUAAAACGCAGUGUAGAUAUACUCUUGAAAUCACAAAAAAUAAAGUUGUUAAUCUUUGAAAGUUAAUUACUGACCGUGUACUUUAAAUUUUUACAAAAAUUAUGAAAUGUAGCUAAAUUCCUGUUUUGGUCAGAGAGAGAGAGCAGUGGUUCUCAGGCUGCAGAGCUGUUUUUAUCAUGCUUUUGCAGCAUCUCAUAGUUCACUCAAGCAAUGAUACUUCUGGUUCAGGAUAAAGCUUUCCCUGUGUGCGCGAGUGUGUGUGUUUUGUAAGCCAACUAAAUUGAAAAACAAACAGCUCUUUGAACACUAUUCAGUUACUUUGUUCAUGUUUUUUUAGAAUGGGUGUUUCUUUGGUAGAAAUGCAACAGUGAUCAAAUUUGUAUGUGAAACCAAAAAAGGGAGGUUGUAAAAAAAAUAUACAUGUUUGAGAACCACAGGGAUUUAUUCAUUUGGAAGUGUGUGUCCUCUCUGUUAUCUGUAUCCAUUGAGCAGAUACAAUAGAAAUAAAUGCUUUAGAAACAUUGCAGUUGGUUAAUGGGACUCAGUAUGUCAAAUUAAUGAGAUCUCUUCUGAUAAUUGUCUCCUGUUCACGUGAACGUCUGGGUGGAAGUAUCUUAUAUAACAAAUGUUAUGUACAUACACACUUUUGCAUUAACUUUUUUGAAAGCUAGAAUACUGAUUAAGAAAACCCACAUCCAGAAUUUGCCCAUUGACUUGGAAGGUAGUGGUAGUCCCUGAGUGAUAUGCAAUUUGGAAAUAAUUGCUCAUUUUAAUCAAGUUCCAUACUGCAAUUGUUUCAUGAUCAGCUUUCUGCUGCCUUUUCUAGUUGACUUUCUCUUUCUCUCUAAUCUUUUAUAAUUUCCCUUAGUAUUUAGUACUCGAAGAGGUGUCAGAAUAGGGGCUCUAAAGAAUGAAAUCUUCUGUCAUCUCCCAUGCUGCCUCAUUCAUGUAUCUCAGUCCUGACAUAGAGGGACCACCUUUAAGGGUGAGACAGUGGUUCAGUCUCGAUACUUCUUUGGCUUCUCUGAAACUGUGGUGAUGGCUUUUGUGUUGCAGACACAUGUCAUUUAGGAGUUGGACUAUGUGUACUAACCCAUUUCACAAGCCACCAAACAGCUGCCAUGUGACUGUCAGUUGCUACUGACCUAGGUCUGGCUUCAUCUAAUGACCUAGUGAUGAAAGGCUCUAUAUAAAAUUACCCAGUCCCCUGAGAUCUACAGUCUUUCUUCUUGUCUAAACUUUUUUCUUUCUUCCCCAGUACUCAUUCUUUUCUUUUUCCCUUUUCAUUGCCUUCUGCUCAUCUCAGUUGUCUGCAUGUCUCUCACUUUCUCCUUGCCCUACUCCCCAGGUUUCACAGUACAAUAAUAGAAUGAAUUUAAAUAGUCUAGAAUAAAGUGGAAAAUUGCAGAGCACAGUAAAAAUUGCAGAAUCUGAUUUUACUUGGAGCAUAAUUUUCCAGUGCCUUUUUUUUUUUUUAAAUAGCUCAUACUGCUUAAAUAUCUAUUUAAGUUUUUUAGUGCUUCAGAUUGUUUCUCAUUAAAACAAAUUAUUUUUGGAGUUCAUAGUUUGAUCACUUCAAUGCAGGUUAUAUCUGUAGACUAAUGUAGCUUUGCAUAUACUAUAGCUGUGUAUUGAGAUUUACUGUCAAAGGUGAUCAGCAAUUUUUUUAAACUUCAGUGGGUGUUGAAUCCCUUAAAUAAACAGUGGAAAAGACAUUUAAGCCCUUUUGUAUAUGGGCCAGUAACACUUACUAUUAAAACUUUUUAUUUGUACCUGUGACUGAUCACUGUUAGCAUGAAUAGCUUCCUUGAUAGAGGCUCAGCUUCCUAGUCUCUGAGGAGACAGGUGGUAUGUCUACACUUUAUUGUAAAUCCAGGUCUGUGGGACAUGGGCUUGUGGACUCGGUAUUUCCAAGCCCAUGAUUGAGUGUCCACACGGCAUCAUAAACCUGGGUUUACAAUUGCUGGACCCUGGUCUCUCAGCCAUGCUAGUGCAUCCAUACUGCAUUGCGCAGACCUUCUGACUCCAGUCUGCAGCUUGAGCUGCAUCUACUCUGCAGAAUGACAGAGCUUGGACCUGAGUCUGAGGAAUUUGGACUCUGACGCACCCUACUGGCAGGGCCUUAGGACCUGGGACCUGAGUGUUUGCUGACCUGAGUCAGACUGAUUUGUGUGGGAACUGACGAGGGGCUUGAGCUCAAACCUGAAUCAGAACCCAAGCUUAGUGUGCAGUGUGGACAUACCCAGGGAGGUUUCUGGCAUGUAAUUAAAAGCUGUCUGUUAGCAUUUUUAGUCCACUGUCAGAUUUAUCUGCUCUUGAGCUGGCUUAUUUCCCUUAAAUGUAUAUGUUUAAACUUAAU